AUGAAAAUGCCAGCAGUUCAUGCGGUAUAUCACCGGGCUAUCAGCGCUCAUUUUACUGGCAACAGCGAGUGUUUCACAACGAUACACAGUCUGGCUUUUGAGAUAGCGUCAAUGUUUGUGUCAAGAAGGGUUAGCCACUGGCCGUGGCGAACGGUCGUAAGACACAUCAAUGACGGUCCGAGUCCGACAUUAAUCCUGCUCUUGGAAAUGUGUUUGUAG